AUGGAGAGCGUCGUCAAGAAACCGGAGCGCCACUUCGUGCUGGUCCACGGCCUCUGCCACGGCGCGUGGUGCUGGUACAAGCUGGCCACCAUCCUGCGCUCCGCCGGCCACCGCGUCACGGCGCCCGACCUUGCCGCGUGCGGCGCCAGCCCGGUGCGCGUCGACGAGGUGCGCUCGUUCGCCGAGUUCAGCCGGCCGCUAACCGACGCCGUGGCCGCGGUGCCGCCGGGCGAGAAAGUGGUGCUCGUCGGCCACAGCUACGGCGGCUACAGCCUCGCGCUGGCCAUGGAGGCGCACCCGGACAAGGUGGCUGUCGCCGUCUUCGUCGCCGCGGCCAUGCCGGCCGCCGGCUGCCCCAUGUCACAUCUACUCUCGCAGAUCAUGGAGGAAACCGCGACGGACGCCGCCACGGACAGCGUGCCCGCGGUGAUCGGCGCGGCAGAAACGUUUCUCCUGGGCCCCGAGCGCCUGUCGCGGCGGCUGUACCAGCGAAGCCCGGCCGAGGACCUGGCGCUGGCGACGGCGCUGGUGAGGCCGGCGCGGUGGUUCCUCGGCGACGCGGCGAUGACGGAGAGCGUCCUGACCGCCGACAGGUACGGCGCGGUGAGGCGCGCGUGCGUGGUCACCGAGGAGGACGCGACGUGGGCGGCGGAGUCGCAGCGCCGGAUGGCGUCGCGGUGCCCCGGCGUGGAGGUGGCGGCCGUCGAGGGUGCCGACCACAUGCCCAUGCUCUCCACGCCCCACCAGCUCGCCGCGGUCCUCAUGGAGAUCGCCGACAACGUGAUCGAGACCACCGGCGGCGACGACCCGGAGCGCGCUUGCAAGACGUUCCUGCUCGGGCCGGAGUACAUGGCGCGGCGGCUGUAUCAGCUCAGCCCGCCCGAGGACCUGACGCUGGCGACGAUGCUGGUGAGGCCGUCGCGGCAGUUCGUGGACGACGCCGCGAUGAACGGGGAGGGGGUCCUCACGGCGGAGAGGUACGGCGCGGUGAGCCGCGUGUACGUGAUCGCCGAGGAGGACGCCUCGUGGUCGCCGGAGUUCCAGCGGCGGAUGGCGUCGUGGACCCCCGGCACGGAGGCAGCGGGUGAAUCCGCCGACGGGGUAGAGCACGUCGAGCCGGAGCGAGCGGCCGAGCUCCGGGGAGAGGCCGAGGAGGAAGCUGAACGUACCUAUUGUUCUAGAAAGAUAUGUCAAGAGGGGUCAAUGGCGACGACUGCGGCUAUUGGGCGCUGA